CGGUCCUGGCCCAAGCAAAAGUCGCUGGGGGAUAGGGAAAGGCUGUAGCAGACAUUUCGGUGGAAGAACGGACAGAGAGGACAUAAUGCUGCCGGUACACUGACAGACUGAGGCAAUGGUUAACUCAUGUAAACUUUUACAGUGGGGCCAGUGUCUUGUGCUGGAUAAAGAGAUGCUUCCCCAGAGGCUGAGGACUGAAAGAGCCAUGACUGUAAACCACCUUCCCUCGGACUAUAGUGGCCUUUGCCUUCCCUUGCAGAGCAAGACCAAGUGAUGAUGUCACUGGUUCAGUCAGUCUCAGCAUCACUGCUCUAGGCAGCCAGCAGAGCCAUUUUGGCUUCUACAUUACAGGGCACUCAAAGAUCUCUCCUUUCAAGAAGCCUUCCUCCAUACAAGCAAGUCUCACUGGGCAUCCAGCUAUACCUCCUUGGAACAAAUAAAGGAUCCUUUGUUAAACAGAGGAACAUUUUUUUUUGACAUAUCAGAGGAAAAGCUCAAAAAAGAGAAUUUGAGAAGCCAGCACAAGAGGCAGUAGUGGGAGCUGAACUGUCAGUAGCUGAGUGCAUCAGAGGAUCAGAAUUGUAAAGGUGUGAGCAGUGACCUGAACUUUUAAAGGAGUGCUUUCGGCACACACGCAGAGGCACCAUGGCAGGGGCCUCGGUGAAGGUGGCGGUGAGAGUCCGUCCCUUUAACUCUCGUGAGACAAGUAAAGAGUCCAAGUGCAUCAUCCAGAUGUCAGGAAACACAACCACCAUCAUCAACCCCAAAGCACCCAAAGAAACCAAAAGCUUCAAUUUUGAUUACUCCUAUUGGUCACACACCUCACCAGAAGAUAUCAACUAUGCCUCCCAGCAGCAGGUGUACAGAGACAUUGGAGAGGAAAUGUUACUUCACGCCUUUGAGGGCUACAACGUCUGUAUUUUUGCAUACGGCCAGACUGGGGCCGGUAAAUCUUAUACCAUGAUGGGCAAACAGGAGAAGGACCAGGAGGGCAUCAUUCCACUGCUGUGUGAAGACCUUUUCACCAAGAUUAAUGACAAUAAUACUGAUAACAACAUGUCCUAUUCUGUGGAGGUCAGUUAUAUGGAGAUUUACUGUGAAAGAGUACGAGAUCUUCUGAACCCAAAAAACAAAGGAAAUCUGCGUGUGCGAGAGCACCCAUUACUGGGCCCGUAUGUAGAGGAUCUGUCCAAACUCGCCGUCACAUCAUAUAAUGACAUUCAAGACCUGAUGGACUCAGGGAAUAAGGCUAGGACAGUAGCAGCCACUAACAUGAAUGAGACCAGCAGCCGUUCACACGCUGUCUUCAACAUCAUCUUCACCCAGAAGCGUCAUGACUCAGAGACAGACAACACUUCAGAAAAGGUCAGCAAAAUCAGUCUGGUGGAUUUAGCCGGGAGUGAGAGAGCUGAUUCCACUGGAGCCAAAGGCACACGCCUCAAGGAAGGGGCAAACAUCAAUAAAUCACUCACUACCCUGGGAAAAGUCAUUUCAGCCCUGGCAGAGGUGGAUUCUGGCUCAAACAAGAAUAAAAAGAAGAAGAAAGUAGAAAAUUUUAUUCCUUACAGGGAUUCUGUGCUGACCUGGCUACUGAGAGAGAACCUCGGUGGCAACUCUCGCACCGCAAUGGUGGCAGCGCUCAGUCCUGCCGACAUCAACUAUGAUGAAACCCUCAGCACUCUCAGGUAUGCAGACAGGGCUAAGCAGAUCCGUUGUAAUGCUGUGAUCAAUGAAGAUCCUAAUAACCGUCUGGUGCGUGAGCUGAAAGAUGAGGUGUCCCGUCUGAAGGAUCUCCUCUAUGCCCAAGGCCUGGGUGACAUCAUCGAGACGUUUCGGGGGCCAGCUGAGGAUUUUGCUGGUUUGAAAUUGACCAAUGCUAUGACGGGGAUGAGCCCCUCCCCAUCUCUCUCCGCCCUGUCCAGCCGGGCUGGUUCCAUCAGCAGCCUCCAUGAUCGCAUCAUGUUCAGCCCAGGGAGCGAGGAAGCCAUCGAGAGACUCAAGGAAACUGAGAAAAUUAUUGCUGAGCUCAAUGAAACCUGGGAAGAGAAGCUUCGCCGUACAGAGGCCAUCAGAAUGGACAGAGAAGCACUGCUGGCUGAGAUGGGAGUGGCCAUGCGUGAGGAUGGAGGAACUGUUGGAGUCUUUUCACCAAAGAAGACGCCCCACCUGGUGAAUCUAAAUGAAGAUCCUUUAAUGUCCGAGUGCCUUCUGUAUUACAUCAAAGAUGGAAUUACCAGGGUGGGGAGAGAAGAUGCCAGCAGCAGACAGGACAUUGUUUUGAGUGGUCACUUCAUCAAAGAGGAACACUGCACUUUCACCAGCACCACUGGACCUAUGGGAGAAGCUGUCAUUCUUGAGCCGUGCGAGGGAGCAGAAACUUAUGUCAAUGGGAAGAGAGUAACAGAACCUACGGUUCUCAGAUCAGGGAACCGAAUCAUUCUGGGCAAGAGCCAUGUGUUCCGUUUCAACCAUCCAGAGCAGGCACGUCAGGAACGUGAACGCACCCCCUGUGCUGAGACGCCAAUGGAGCCUGUAGACUGGGCCUUUGCUCAGAGAGAACUCCUGGAGAAACAAGGCAUUGAUAUGAAACAGGAAAUGGUUCAGAGACUGCAGGAACUUGAGGAUCAGUAUCGCAAAGAGAGAGAGGAGACCAACAAUCUAUUGGAGCAACAGAGAUUAGACUAUGAGAGCAGGUUAGAAGCCCUGCAGAAACAGGUAGAUCGUUAUUACCCUGAUCUGGCAGAGGAAGAUGAAGAACCUGAGGAGGAAGUGCAAUGGACCGAGAGAGAGACAGAACUGGCGCUGUGGGCUUUCCGUAAAUGGAGAUGUUAUCAGUUCACUUCUCUCAGAGAUCUGCUUUGGGGCAAUGCCAUCUUCCUCAAGGAGGCCAAUGCCAUUAGUGUGGAGCUAAAGAAGAAGGUUCAGUUCCAGUUCGUGUUAUUGACGGACACGCUUUACUCUCCACUUCCGCCUGACCUGUUGCCACCUGAGACAGCUAAAGACCGUGAGAAAAGCCCAUUCCCUCGCACCAUUGUGGCUGUAGAAGUCCAAGAUCAGAAAAAUGGAGCCACACAUUACUGGACCCUGGAGAAGCUCAGGCAGAGGCUGGAUCUGAUGAGGGAGAUGUAUGAUCGUGCUGCGGAGGUGCCUGGCAGUGCUCUUGAGGACUGUGACAGUGUGCUGACUGGAGGCGAUCCAUUCUACGACCGGUUCCCCUGGUUCCGUCUGGUUGGAAGAAACUCCCUUUUCUCCACAUGCCUUAGUGAGCAAGCAAGCGACCCUAACUCCUCCCCCACCCCCUCUGAGCCCACAUCAACCUCUGAAAUCACUGAACUGGUCCAGUCGUGGCCUGGCAAGAGGGCGGGGACAGAGCUGGAUGGCUUGGACGAUCAUUUCUUAUCGGAUGACUCAUGCUCGGAUAUUGACGAGGAGGAGGAGGGGGAGGAUGAGGAUGAGGAUGAUGAUGAGGGAGAGCACUGCAGAAGCUUCGGCAAAGCUGAAGACCCGUUUUAUGAUCGCUCGCCAUUGUUCAGUGUAGUGGGAAGGUCAUUUGUAUAUUUGAGUAAUCUGCUCUAUCCUGUGCCCUUGGUACAUCGGGUUGCCAUUGUCAAUGAGAAGGGAGAGGUCAAAGGUUUCCUCAGAGUAGCUGUACAGGCAAUAUCAGCUGAUGAAGAGGCACCAGACUAUGGCUCUGGUGUCCGUCAGUCAGGCACUGCAAAGAUUUCUUUUGAAGACCAGCAGUUUGAGAAGUUCCAGUCAGAGUCCUGUCCUUCUGGUCUUUCACGCGCUGCUGUAUCUCACGAAGAACUGCGAAUUGUGGAAGGUGAGGGCCAGAAUGCAGAGAUGGCCCUGUCAGCAGAUGAGGUCAACAAUAAUACCUGUCCAGCUAACCCAGAGGAGCUGGACAAUCCUGUCAAGACGGGUCUUGAUGGCGUACUUGAUGGUGCUCUGGAUCACUUGAGGAUUGGAGAAGUCUUUACAUUCAGAGUUACUGUGCUGCAGGCGUCAAGCAUAUCCUCAGAAUACGCAGACAUAUUCUGCCAGUUCAAUUUUAUUCACAGACAUGAUGAAGCGUUUUCCACAGAGCCGUUGAAGAACACUGGACGUGGUCCACCACUUGGCUUCUAUCAUGUGCAGAAUAUUGCCGUGGAAGUGACUAAAUCCUUUACAGAGUACAUAAAGACUCAGCCAAUCGUGUUUGAAGUGUUUGGACAUUACCAGAAGCAGGCUUUCCCUCCGCUCUGCAAGGAUCUCAUUAGCCCAUUGCGCCCAUGCAGACGACAGUUCCCGAGAGUCAUGCCUCUUUCCAAACCAGUACCUGCCACCAAACUGACAGCUCUCACUCGACCCACGGCAGGACCGUGCCACUGUAAAUACGACCUGAUGGUCUUCUUUGAAAUCUGUGAGCUAGAGGCCAAUGGAGACUAUAUCCCAGCUGUAGUGGACCACCGGGUAGGCAUGCCCUGCCAUGGCACUUUCAUGUUACAUCAGGGCAUCCAAAGGAGAGUCACCGUCACCAUAGUACAUGAGUCAGGAAGAGAUAUUAAGUGGAAGGAGGUGCGAGAGCUGGUUGUAGGGCGCAUCCGGAACACGGCCGAAGCAGAUGAGACAAUCAUCGACCCCAAUAUUCUCUCUCUUAACAUACUGUCUGCAGGAUACAUCCGACCCGCACAUGAGGACAGACAGUUUCUUGAUUCGGACAUUCCUAGGACAUUCUACCAUUUUGAGGCUGCUUGGGAUUCAUCCAUGCACAACUCUUUGCUGCUUAACCGUGUCACUCCUAACGGAGAGAAAAUCUACAUGACUUUGUCUGCUUACCUGGAGAUGGAGAACUGCACACAGCCCACAGUGAUAACCAAAGACUUAUGCAUGGUGUUCGUCUCAAGAGACGCCAAGCUCCCAGCAGCUCGCUCCAUCAGGAACCUCUUCAGCAGUGGCACCUUGAGGCCAUCUGAAGGAAACCGUGUAACUGGUGUGUAUGAGCUCAGUCUGUGCCACUUGGCUGAUGCAGGGAGCCCAGGAAUGCAAAGACGGCGCAGAAGGGUGCUGGAUACAUCGGUGGCGUAUGUGCGAGGGGAGGAGAACCUGGCUGGCUGGAGGCCCCGCAGUGACAGCCUCAUCCUGGACCAUCAGUGGGAGCUGGAGAAAAUGAGCCUCCUGCAGGAGGUGGAGAAAACCAGACACUACCUCCUCCUUAGGGAGAAGCUCGAGUCCACCCUGCUGCUGGGCCAGGACUUGCUGCUGUCCUGCGGGAGUGAGGAUCUAACCGAGUCCUCUUCCCCAUCCACCCACCUGGGCCUGGGCCACAACCCUUGCCCCGGCCCUGAUACACCCAACGAGAGGCAGAUGGAGCUGGCUGCAAAGUGUUUGCGUUUGCUUAACCACACCUUUAACAGGGACUACAGCCAUGUGUGUGUUAGCGCCAGCGAGAGCAAGUUAAGCGAGAUGUCAGUAACUCUUUUAAAAGACUCGGCCUCCGUGUGUGCUGAAAGUACCCUCACCCCGUCCUCCACAUGCCCCUCGCUCGUGGAAGGACGCUACGAGCACAACACUGAACUCAGACCCCCAACACCUCGAUCUCGUGCUGUCAGCCCCAUCCCUGACACUGAAACAGAGGCCAAGAAGUCUCCUCACGAGUCCAAAUCAAGAUCCCACACUUUUGUGCCAGACAUUCAGGAAAUCCGUGUCAGCCCAAUUGUGUCAAAGAAAGGUUAUUUGCAGUUCCUGGAGCCCCACAGUAAUGACUGGGUUAAGAGAUAUGUGGUGGUACGCCGGCCUUAUGUCUACAUCUACAACACAGAGAGAGACACAGUAGAAAGGGCCAUACUUAACCUCUCCUCGGCACAAGUGGAGUACAGCGAAGACCAGCAGGCCAUGCUGAAGACCCCCUACACAUUUGCGGUAUGCACAGAGCAUCGUGGGAUACUCCUUCAAGCCAGUAACGACAAGGAUAUGCAUGACUGGCUGUAUGCCUUUAACCCUCUGCUUGCUGGAUCUAUCAGGUCUAAACUCUCCAGGAGAAGAGCCGGGCAGAUGAGAUUUUGAGUCUUCUACAUGUAUACCUACUGUACAACACAAAGGACUAACCUUGUAAAUAGAUCUACUGACAGAUCCCCCAGUUUCUGUGCUUAAUCAACUCUCUGACCCUCUGUUUCCUACAUGUGUGUACCUGCACCUGCCCACACUAGCACCGACUGUGCACCUGUAUCUUAAAGGCCCCUUUGUUGUGCAUCUACAGUGGCCUAAAUAUUCAACUUAUAGCACCAAGAGAACAUACUGACUACUUUAUUGGGGUAGAGAUAGUAUGCUUAUGUAGUCUUCAGCAACAUUUUAGAAACCUGGUGAUGGGAAUUUGUUAUUCUGAAGCUGUCAGCUCAUGCAAACACAUCUGAAUUUGUUACUGUGAAGAGUGGUGUCCAUAUCGGGCUUGUGGAAAAACGGAUCACAUGGCCUUACUGUGUUUCUCUUGACUUCUAAGUCGUUGGGUUUAAAACGAUAAAACUGGUCAGUAUUUAAGUCAGCAGACCAUAUGUUUAUUCAUUUCUUGGCUACGGACGAUAGAAUUGAUCAAUGAUAAGCAGUUCUGAGCAAGGAGUAGAUGAAUCACAUCAUAUUACGCUCUUACUCUCUUUAAGUGCAGUUCUUGGACACUGUACAGCCCAUCAUAAAUACUCAUAUACCUUUAUAAUGUUUCUCUUGUAUGGCCUUGAAAUGCAUAACGUUUUCAAAAUAACCAGGAUGCAUGAGGACAAAUUUGGCAAUGGAAAAUGGUUGCAUUCUCAUAUCUCUAUAUGAGAAACACUAUAAAGUUUUGGCCUAUUUAUGUUGGCGUACUGGUCAGUAGAUUUAUCUAAAAUGUAUCAUAAUCCAGUUAUCUCCACAUUAUCUAAUACCUGUCUAAUUUAUUUUUUAUUUUUCACAUUUCUAUUGAAGUCUUAUCUAGUUCGGUAUUUAUUUAAAGUUUUUAUUUGACCUAGCACAUAUUUAUUGACGAAGACUGUAAUAUUUUUUUAAAAAGUACAGUGUAAUUUCUGCAAAUGGCACUUAUUUUUUGCAUAAGUUGACUAACCUCCCUUUUACAGACUGCAAUGCUCUCAUUUCCCACGACACAACGAAAAGCAUUUGGGGAACAGGUUCAAAGUGAAUAGCUGGGAUAGCUGCUAUUACAUAUAGACUACUUGAAUUUUACUUUUUUGAAAUGUUCACUAUUUUAGUUAAGAAAAUAAGUUUUAUUUUUACAUUUUUCUUUUUAUUAAUCAGGUAGAGAAAAAUCAUCUCCAUUGCCCAGAAUCCUAAACAAUUGUUUGUGCACUGGUCAGUCUCAAAUGUACAGUACUGAUGGAAUUCUCUACAAAACCACAGAGAGUGAUGAUUUUGUGCCGCGCUUGCAUCAUCUACUCUGUUUUUGUUUUUAAAUUUCCAUCACCUUAAUCCCUGUGCACUUCUUUAACAGAGUGAAUGUUUCAGGCCUACUCAUCGAUACCACGCUUUCUCUCUGUGCACAGGCAAAUGCAGCUUUAGUUAGUUCUUAGUUAGUUUUGUUUUUAGUUCGCAUAUUGCACAUGCCCAACAUAUGACUAGUUUUUGAGAUUUCUAAGCAUAUCUAGAUGUUGUAAAUAUUAUUUUUCCGCAAGUGACUUAACUAUUGUAAUCAUAUAAAAUAUCCAACAGGCUAAGACAUGUAAUACAAUACAUUUUAAAUUCAUCUCAGGUAUGAUUGUUGUGCUUAAUGUCAAUGGAUUUAGGCUUUACAAAACCCCUUUAGAAACUGUCUGCGUUGGGACUGCUGAUAGUUGUUUAACUUCAGCCAAACUAUUUUUUUUCCGGAAUAUGAAACCAGAUUUUUGAGUUAUAUUAUACCAUCAGCUGUGAUUUAGACACUUUGUACUAGUGCAAAAGCAUUUGUUAGAACGUGGAGUUUUGUGAGUCAGACCUUGACUUGGGCAGUCACUGGAGCGGAACCCAUGCAUGCACUUUGAUUGCUUAUUCUAGUUUGUCCAGGCGGCUUAUAAUUUGGUUUGGGAUGACUAGAGGUUACCUAACACAAGCCUUUCCCAUAUUUAGAGCACAGAUCAACUUUUUGCAAACCUGGGGUUCCUACAGGGCAGCAAUAUUCAGGCAUAUCAGCAUGACUGAGGCCAGCCAACUUUCAGCACAUGCUUAGUACAGGAAAAUAAAUUGAACUAACCUCUUUUGAAAGCCUUGAUCUGUCAAUGAAUAGACCUCAAAGAUCUGCAUUUCUAAUUCCAAAAAUUCAGUUACUAAUAUUUUUAUUUAGAAUAUUGAAGGCUGAAAAGUGGGUUUCAGUGUCUAUGAAAAAGCAGGGUUCUGCUUCUUUGUAAAAGCAGAAGACAUAUCCUAAAAGGAUUCUCAAUUUCCGAAGAUUCUCUGUUUAUGAAAAAUAGUUAAUGCACAAUUUGUCACUUCACUUUCACAACCAUUUCAGAGUAAAACAUAAGCAAUGCCACUACUUUUAGAAACAAGUGCAUAUGUUAAUAGUAAUAGCAGGUGCAUUUUCAAAACGAGUGACAACUAAAUUACUACAACACAUAGAAUUAAAAUAAUCACUUUCAGUUUGAGUACAUACAACCAAAUGUAAUUUGUCUUGGUUUUUGUCUCUGCACCUCGUAGAAAAGCAGAGAGCUGAAUGGUAUUAUUCAUGUUAUAGCCUGUACCAUACCAUUUCUACAAGCAAUUUACAUAAAACAUUACAUUAUUAUUAAGGCUAAAAACUUUGCAUUGAUUUAUCAUCUGCCAAAAUAAAAGAAUUAAUCAGUUCUCAUAAUUGACACCAAAUAUCUGUGUGCUUCCAUUAUCUUAUUCACAGACUCCAUUCAUAAGCAUAUUUUUUCUGUUGUUUUCUCUCAGUUUUACUUGCCUUGUAUAUAAACAUGAUUGCUGUGAAUGGUGUAAUAUGCAGUUGUAACUGGUUUGUACCAUCUUCCAUGGGCAGUAGUUCAAUGUCUCUUUCUGAGUGUUGGAUUUAUGAGUCAAAUGUUUGUGUACACUCGACACAUUGUUAGAUAUGAAAUAAAUGUGGAACUUAUGCAACACAAAUUA